AUGUGUACCGGUAAUGUUCCACCAUCUAAUACACAAACGACGACAACACAAUCAUCAUCAUCAACAUCAUCAUCAUCGAUAAGAUCGACAUAUGAUACAACAUCAUCAUACAAUAUUAAAGAUGGUAGUGUUAUUUCAGAUAAUAGCAUUGAAUAUAUUGAUACAUUAAGUAAUUAUUCAUCAAGUUUUGAUGAUGAAGUAAUAUCACAACAACAAGAAAUAGAAAAAAAAAUAAUUGAAUUUGGUCCAAUUAAAGUUCGUCCACGAAAAAAUCCGGCACCAACAUUAGCUACAGGACGUCGAUCAAAAUAUGAAAUUUUAUCACCAGAUCAAGAACAAAAACGACAAAUUCGUCGUGCAAGAAAUCGAGCAGCUGCUGAAAAAGUACGUGUUCGACGAUUAGGUAUUGAAGAACAAUUAACUAAAGAAAUUAAAGAUUUAGAACAACAAAAAUCAUAUCUAGUCAAUAAUAUAAAUGAAUUAGAGAAUAAAAAAUUACUUUUACAAACACGAUUUAUGACACAUGAAUAUUUAUGUAUGAACAAUAAUAAAAUUGAUGGUACAAUAUCAUUAAAUGAAAAUGAUUUUUCAUUAAUCAAUAAUCAAUUACAAUCAAAUGAUAAUAAUAAUAAUAAUAACAAAGUAACGAAUCUAUAUAAUACAGCUAAUGAUUUUCAAUCAAUGGAUACUACGGAUAUAUUCUCAAAUACUUCAACAUUAAUUCAAUUAUCAUCAUCGGAAAUAAAAAAUGAUUUAUUAUUUGAAUUUAAUGAUUUAGAUAAUAUUCUUAAUAAUCCACAAUCUUCUUAUGUGUAUGCUGAGGAUGAUGAAUUUAAUGAAUUAUUAACUAUGUCAUAA